GUGAAAACCCGCUGUCCGGACGCCAUUUUUAUUGUCUCCCAAGUCUCGCAGAGGGAAGCAGGGAGGAGAUUCGGUGCGGAAUACACGUAUUGUUCGCGCGGGCCUGACAGGACCUGCAGCUUCCGGCGUGAACAUGAGUCUCGGGGCCGCCGAGGAGCCCGUGUGCUUUUGAGCGGUACCUCGCGCACCCUCCCUCCAACCGCCGUAUUUAUUAACCUCCGCCCCCUCCCCGAGCGAUCGCCUCCUCCAAGAUGUCGUCUGCCCGCUUCGAUUCGUCGGACCGCUCGAGCUGGUACUUCGGCCCGGUGUCGCGGCACGAGGCCCAGUCGCGGCUGCAGGGCCAGCGGCACGGCGUGUUCCUGGUGCGGGACUCGUCCACCUGCCCCGGGGAUCACGUGCUGUCCGUGUCCGAGAACUCGCGGGUCUCUCACUACAUCAUCAACUCGCUGCCCGGCCGCCGCUUCAAGAUCGGGGACCAGGAGUUCGACAACCUGCCGGCCCUGCUGGACUUCUACAAGAUCCACUACCUGGACACCACCACCCUGAUCGAGCCGGCCCCCAGGUGAGAGUCUCCUCCAUGCCGCCUGUCAGCCAUGCAUGGAGUGCUGUCACUGUGUUACACUCCCCGUGCGAGGGACACCCGCUAUGGGAUUCACAGCCUGGACCGCUUAACUAUCUCCUUAGCCUAAAUGUCCAGGUGUUUGUUUCACCAUAGAGUUGAGAUUUAUUAAUUUAUUAUAAAGUGUUUUACCAGGAAGGAUACAUUGAGCUCUCUCUCUUUCAAGUAUGUCCUAGGCCCACAAACAUUGUUAAAAUAGAGUACAAUAUAAUAUUGCAAUCACAUACAAAUGUAUGCAGGUAACAAUGAACUGGUAAGAAAUAUAAUCAACCAUAAUUACAGGUGCAUUCUGUAUUGAGAUAUGGUAACUGAGAUUUGGUGCAAUGACCGCUUGUCUAAUAGACAUUAGUACUGAAUUUUUAACAUAAAUAUGUCUGUGACCUGAGUUGGUGGAAUUAUAUGAUUAUAUGAUGAGAUAUAUAUAUAUAUAUAUAUAUAUAUAUAUAUAUAUAUAUUUUUUUGUUAUUGGUAAAUUUCUGUUUUUCCCUUUUCCCAACAAUCAUGAAAAUUGGACUAUAUUCUUUCUACUCUUGGGGGGGAAACAAAAAUUAUUUCAGCGCUGAGGUGUAAACUUGAUUGGUUUAUAGUGACAGCUUUUUAUAUGCAUGGCUCGCUGAAUCUUGUAAUUCAUUGGGAUAUUCCCUGCAUAACGUGGGAUGUGAGUCAUGCUUUUCAUUCACAAGUCUUGUAUGCAGCACUCUGCUUCCGUUGGUUUUCAUGUCUAAGUUCAGUUAUACAAAUAGGCAAUAUAUAAUUGAAAUAAGCUGAUGUGCAUUAAAUGUUCUAAAGUUUGAAAUAGAGUAUUCUACAUUACAUUGUUCAACUGCACUUUAACUGUAAUGCAGUUGAUGUGGUGGUAGCGUGUGCCAUGCUUUAACUGUUUAGGUACAUGUCAUUGGUUUUUAACAGUUUUGUGGACAGCUCCUAUAGAUUAUUGAAAACAUUCCUUGAACGUAUUGUGAACGAAAUACCUUCAGUCAAAAUAAAUAUUCAAAUAGACUUAGGUUCCUAUUCGAUUUAAGUAGUCUAUCAAACAUGAGUUUGGAAUCUUCUGACUUGUUUUGCAAGAUUUUUCCCUAAAGUAGGUCAUUUUCAGUAAAAAAAAAAAAAGAGAAUUGUUUUUAGUGGUUUUGCCAGACCCUGGGAGGUCUGAGUCUUCUGGCAUAGUCAGUGAGAAACUGCAGAGAAAAGUCCUUAGACUUUUGGACUUUGUGUUUUGUUACUUUGAUGCUAUAGUCAGCAUCAAAUAGAACUCUACUCUGGGUUAACAAAACAAGUUGCUGAUGUGAAAGAUGUUUGUUUCAGAAUCACUGUUCCUGACACUCAACUGUGCAAAUAAUGCUGAUUGCCCAUUACUGUUUGUUAGUUGCACAUGCAUCAGUUGACACAAAUCAAUGUCUAGAAUCAAUCAAAAAGUAGGACAGCCUCUCUGGAAAAUGAGGGUAAAGUUGUUAGAGUUCAGAAUUUUCGUUAUGUUUAUUUUUAACCUAACAUUUAUACCUGCCAUUGUACAGUAUAUGCUGUGCAUUGUUUUUAUUGCAUAUCUUUGUACUAAAUGUUUAAGGUAUAUAUGCAUGUAUACAUACAAGGAUUGCUUUAUUUUUGCUUUGCAACGCAGAACAGUUUGAAAUCUGGGACUUUAGCAGAUCAAGAGGAUAAUCUAAUUGGCUUCAUAUAUGCUAUAGUCAUUAUCUUAAAUUCACUAAAUGAGAUUAAGGAGUAUUUGGCUAAAGAGAUUAUUCUUCCAUGAGCUAUGUGGCUAGUAUCCGAUACAGAUUCACAUUGACUUCUGUAGUAGUAGGCUUUUAUGAUAAAACAAAUGUGUACAUAUAUAUAUUUUUUUUUUCCCAUGGUAUCAAACAUAACGUGUGCAAAGCAUGCCUUAUUUUAACACCAUUCACCAAAAGUGCAGUGGCACCUAUAGUACACAUUAAUUUAAAUUUGUACUGAUCUCAUGUCUAUCCAUCUAGGUUUCCAAGCCCACCUGUAGGUACAGGUCCAGCCCCUACUCUAUCUUCAUCUGAGGAAAACUUAGAAUAUGUGCGGACUCUCUAUGACUUUCCUGGAAAUGAUGCAGAGGAUCUACCCUUUAAGAAAGGUGAAAUUCUAAUCAUUGUAGAAAAGCCAGAGGAACAAUGGUGGAGUGCCCGCAAUAAAGACGGUCGUGUUGGAAUGAUCCCUGUACCUUAUGUUGAAAAGCUUUCUCGUCUUUCUAUCCAUGGGAAAUUGGGAAAUAGGAAUUCCAAUAGCUAUGGUAUCCCAGAGCCAGCACAUGCCUAUGCUCAACCUCAGACCCCUAGCCCUCUGCCAGCAUCCAAUACACCACCUGGUGCAGUCAUCACCCCUUUACCUUCAACGCAGAAUGGACCUGUCUAUGCGAAAGCAAUUCAGAAACGAGUUCCAUGUGCUUAUGACAAGACUGCUUUAGCAUUAGAGGUAAGUGGCUUGCAUUAGUGAUGGUACUCGAUAUGUUUCAGGCAAAAUAAAUCUUUUUAGUUAGUUGUCUUUAAUACACAAAAUUGCGUACACACAAACUGCAAUACUUGUUCUGUGAGUGCUCUUUUAUCAAACAUGUCUCAAUAUGUUGCUAGAGGAGUAUGACACACAACAUUACUCUGUUUUGAGAUUGAUGUUCUGGCAGUGAAGUCAGCAUGUCAGUGUUGGCAUUUCCAAGCUGUAUAACUGGUAUUAUCAAGGGUGGUAAGAUGGAAUCUUUGACAGGGUGGUGUUAAAAUAGUGUGAAUCCCAUGAACCUCUAAUCACAGGAUAUUGGGUGCAGAAUUGCCUUAAAGGGUUACUCUCAUAACAACUAGAGUGAGUUGACGUGGUCAUGGUUGUAAGAGUAUGCACAUGCUGAGUCGUCUGUACUUUUGUGCCAGGGUCUAGUUGCACCCACAGCACAUGUGACUUUGACAGCCUGGAUCUGUUUUAUUAUGUAAAAUCUGCAUAUUUUAUGUCUACAUUUGCCGCCAAAAGUGCACACUGAAAAGAUCUUCUCCUUUGCAGGCAGUGCGCCUGUAAGGAAAGAUUUCUCCCCUUGUUCCCUCCCGCCAUUGCCGACAUAGAUGUGUGGUUUUUUUUUUUGUUGUUGUUUUUUUUUCUCUUUGCGUUUUGUCAAAUCCUCCUUUUGGUAUGCUUUCCUAUGGGUGGUUUGAAUGCGCGCAUGGCUCUUGCCGUGCAUGCGCGGUCGGAUCUGACAUUGCCAGGGGGUGGAGCAUUCCCCAGCACAGAGGGAGCCCAGUGCUGGAGAAAGGUAAGGGGGGGGGGGGGACCUAGUGACCCUAUAGUGCCAGGAAAACAAGUCUAUAGUGGUCAUUUUAAAGCAGUUUAGAUUCACUUGAAUUUUAUGUUCACUAGGUUUGGAGCAGUUUAAAUGCUGAAGUGAACCGCCAUAAGAGGAUCUCUUUAAUGGUUUAUUUAUGAAUUUGUGGAUUAAAAAAUAAAGUUUAACACACGGUACAAUAUCCUCACUGAGCCACGCAGAGAUAAAUAAUUUUAUAAAUAUUUUAGGGAUCGACCGAUAUUGAUUUUUUUUUUUUAGAGCCGAUACCGAUAAUCUGCGAACUUUCAGGCCGAUAGCCGAUAUCUUGCCGAUAUUCUGUACAUUUACUAUUUUGAAUAAAUAAACUAAUUCGAAAGGUAAAUGCACAAAAUAUACAUGCCACAUGUAGUGGAUGAAGUGUGUUUAGACAGGGGAACUGUGUGUGUUUGUGUAGUGUGUGUGUAGUGGAUGCAGAGUGUGUGUAUAUAAUGCAGUGUGUGUAGUGUGUAUAUAAUGCAGUGUGUGUAGUGUGUAGAUAAUGCAGUGUGUGUAGUGUGUAGAUAAUGCAGUGUGUGUAGUGUGUAGAUAAUGCAGUGUGUGUAGUGUGUAGAUAAUGCAGUGUGUGUAGUGUGUAGAUAAUGCAGUGUGUGUAGUGUGUAGAUAAUGCAGUGUGUGUAGUGUGUAGAUAAUGCAGUGUGUGUAGUGUGUAGAUAAUGCACUGUGGUGUGUGUAGUGUGUCUGUAAUGCAGUGUGUGUUUGUGGUGUGUGUAAUGCAGUGUGUGUUUGUGGUGUGUGUAAUGCAGUGUGUGUGUGUAGUGUGUCUGUAAUGCAGAGUGUGUGUUUGUGGUGUGUGUAGUGUGUCUGUAAUGCAGUGUGUGUUUGUGGUGUGUGUAGUGUGUCUGUAAUGCAGUGUGUGUUUGUGGUGUGUGUAGUGUGUCUGUAAUGCAGUGUGUGUUUGUGGUGUGUGUAGUGUGUCUGUAAUGCAGUGUGUGUUUGUGGUGUGUGUAGUGUGUCUGUAAUGCAGUGUGUGUUUGUGGUGUGUGUAAUGCAGUGUGUGUUUGUGGUGUGUGUAAUGCAGUGUGUGUUUGUGGUGUGUGUAGUGUGUCUGUAAUGCAGUGUGUGUUUGUGGUGUGUGUAGUGUGUCUGUAAUGCAGUGUGUGUUUGUGGUGUGUGUAGUGUGUCUGUAAUGCAGUGUGUGUUUGUGGUGUGUGUAGUGUGUCUGUAAUGCAGUGUGUGUUUGUGGUGUGUGUAAUGCAGUGUGUGUUUGUGGUGUGUGUAAUGCAGUGUGUGUUUGUGGUGUGUGUAAUGCAGUGUGUGUUUGUGGUGUGUGUGUGUCUGUAAUGCAGUGUGUGUUUGUGGUGUGUGUAGUGUGUCUGUAAUGCAGUGUGUGUUUGUGGUGUGUGUAGUGUGUCUGUAAUGCAGUGUGUGUUUGUGGUGUGUGUAGUGUGUCUGUAAUGCAGUGUGUGUUUGUGGUGUGUGUAGUGUGUCUGUAAUGCAGUGUGUGUUUGUGGUGUGUGUAGUGUGUCUGUAAUGCAGUGUGUGUUUGUGCAGUGAUGUAAUUUGUGUAAUUUUUUAUUUUAAUAUUUUUUUAAUAUUUAAAUGUUUUUUUUUGUUUAGUCCCCCCCAGUGUGUUUGUGUAGUGUGUGUUUGUGUAGUGUGUGUUUGUGUAGUGUGUGUUUGUGUAGUGUGUGUUUGUGUAGUGUGUGUUUGUGUAGUGUGUGUUUGUGUAGUGCAGUAUGUGUGUGUGUAGUGAUGUAAUUUGUGUAAUUUUUUAUUUUAAUAUUUUUUUUAAUAUUGAAAUGUUUUUUUUAUUUUUUGUUUAGUCCCCCCUCCCUGCUUCUUACCAGGGAGGGGGAUAUAGUAUCCCCUGGUGGUCCAGUGGCUUGUUAAGUACAGUGGUGGCUCAGCAGCAGCAAGCGCUGACUUACCUUGGAAGCAGCUCCUACAGCUCCCUGUGUAAAUCUCGCGGCUCUUAGUGCCGCGCGGAGCGUUGCCAUGGUAACCCGUGGCAACGCUCUGCGGCCGCGGGUCUCGCGAGAUUUACACAGAGAGCUGCUUGCAAGGUAAAUCAGCGCUUGCUGCUGGCCCCCACAGGACCGCCGGGCUUGUAAUGGGCCCGGCGGUCCUGUUAUAUAUUAUCGGCAAUAUCGGUAUCUGAAUUGGCCGAUACCGAUAUUGCCGAAAAUACCAAAUAUCGGCCGAUAAUAUCGGCCAGACCGAUAAUCGGUCGAUCCCUAAAAUAUUUGACAAAUGGCAAUCAUGACAUUCACUUUGCAUGAAUCUCCUAUUGCAUACUCUGGCUAUAGCACCUCCAUUGUGUUCAGUACCCAGCAGUGAAUUUUAAAACCAAAUCUGACAGUGAUGUGAAGAUCUGGGUCCACAUGGUGGUGUAUGGUUUCCCAUAAGGUGCAAAUUCAAUCACUGGUAAAGUCAACAUGCUGCAUGUGAUCUCAAAAAAAUUGUUUCCUUUUUUUCCCCAUCUGCAGAGUCCUGUUGUACUUCACGGAUUUAAAGUGAAUGCGUUUUACUUUCUGAAACUCAAAAUGGCACUAUUUUACUUUUGAUUUUGUCCUGCUAGCAAGAUAGUAUAAAAUAUUGAGAUUUUUGUUUUAACAGGAGGGCUCUCUAUGGAAAAUAUUUUUUUUCUUAUCUGGUACAAGAUGUCGUGGUUUUUUUUUUUCUCUCUUUAUAAAUGUUUCCAUUUGCUUAUCUCUGCUUUAAGUAAUUGGGGGGUUGAUGUUGCUCUAUAUUGCUUAGUUUAGCAAGUAUAGCAAUUAGUAAAACCUAAUCACUAAUGUCUCUUGUGUUUAAAAUUCUAAUUAGAUUUGUUCUUGGCAGAAUGAACCAGUUUACAAAGUUAAAAUGCAUAAGUAGGUCGUUUUGUUCUGAACAAGAUCAUGAAAUCCCAGAACGGAUGUAGCUCAAAACUGGCAGUCCCAGGAAUACAUUGUAGUAACUGUUUCGUGGCAUUGAUUGAGGUAUCUGAAAUUGAAGCGUGGUGACCCUAUUUAUGGAAGUCCUAUUCCAGGCUGACAUAACUAUUUAAAAUGGAUUACGUUCCAAUGUCUAAACCUUAGUAAGCCGUUUAGCUUCACUGUCAUGACUGCUUUUAUAACUUCACUUGCAAAAGUUGUGGCAUACAGACUAUGUAUACAGUAUAGUAAACUGAAAAGAUUUGUUUGCAGUAUAGGCAUGCAUCCAGCCAAGAAUUGCCAGUUACAGGUAGUUCAGGUUGUGUUAAGGUAAAGAGACAAAAAACACAAUUGCUCCAAACUGUGAAAGUCUUUAGUCAAGUUGACAAGUCAGUCGAUUCUAUAGGACCCAGAGCCAUGUCUCUUGCCUCAGAUAAAACAAGGAAUUACCUAAUUAUUUGUAUAUGUAUUUGGGUGCCAUGCAGUUAUUGAAGAUUUGGCUGAGUGCUGUUAACCUUUUUUCAGUCCAUAGUGAUUUGGCACUAUAAACAAGGAAUUACCUAAUUAUUUGUAUAUGUAUUUGGGUGCCAUGCAGUUAUUGAAGAUUUGGCUGAGUGCUGUUAACCUUUUUUCAGUCCAUAGUGAUUUGGCACUAUAGGCGUGUUUUUUUUUUUUUUUUUUUUUUUUUUUUUUUUUUUUUUUUUUUUUUUUUUUUUUUUUUUUUUUUUUUCUCCCUCAUCAAUUCACACCUGGCAAAUAGCUCUGCACUCAUACUCAUUGCACUUAAGAGGGCAGUUUAGUCCCCUUGGGGCACCAUAACUUCAUUACUAAGAAUUGCCAGCCUUGUGAAUAAGGGGGUCACUGGUUGAGCGUUUCAGCUGACUGUUCUCAACCAAUCAGUGGCGCCCCUUCCUAUUGGCACUCCAAACUUCAUCUGCCUCACUGUCUGUUCUUUUUCACAAAUACAAAUAUUACUAAAAUGUAGUGUAAAAUUAGGUAUUUUUUUUUUUUUGAAAAUUCUUGCUAGGUCAUUUCCUUUACCCCUUAAGGACACGUGACAUGUCAUGAUUCCCUUUUAUUCCAGAAGUUUGGUCCCUAAGGGGUUAAUCAGUUCAGAGAAUCACUGCUUAUUGUCAAUGACUUUGUAACAUUUUGUUUGCAAAAAUGCUAGUUUAUGUGCAUUUGAACUGAACCUGUGCUUCUGCCAUCACUAAACUGUUACUUUACUAAUGUUACGUUCCAUUAAAGGACCACUAUAGGCACCCAGACAACUUCAGCUCAAUUAAGUGGUCUGGGUGCUAGGUCCAUCUAGUGUUAACCCUGCAGCUUUAAGAAUAGCAGUUUCAGAGAAACUGCUAUGUUUACUUUAGGGUUAAUCCAGCCUCUAGUGGCUGUCUCACUGACAGCCGCUAGAGGUGCUUCUCACUGAAAAUCAGUGAGAAGACGCUGGCCGUCCAUAGGAAAGCAUAGAGAAAUAAUUUCCUAUGGACUGUUUGAAGGCGCUCGUGCGGCUCUUGCAGUGCAUGCGCAAUCAAAGCUGACGUUGGGAGGAGUUCCCAGCGCCGAGGGAGCCUGGCGCUGGAGAAAGGAAAGUGUUUAACCCCUUCAGCCCCCUUCUGCCUGGCGGGAGGGGGCCCUAAAGUGUCAGGAAAUAGUUUUCCUGGCACUAUAGUGGUCCUUUAACAAUCUUUUGUUUUGUGUGUUUUUUUGUUUUGUUUUUUUUUUAUUACAGAUUCAGUGAAGUUUACAUGCUUUUAUGUACAUCAAGCAUGACCAAUUUAGUGUAAUUCUAGGAUACAAUCACAUGGCACUCAAACGUUUUUGUAUCAUUUGCUCAUGUGAAAGCCUUUACAGGCAGCUUAGGUGACACAAAUUCCACAUAAGUACAUAUGCAUGCCUGAACCAGCCACUGACCUUACAGUGAAAAUAUACAUGUGUACACUUAACCUCUUUCCCACCAUGUAUGCCAUGCUGUAGCCACCUGGGGGAGGGCAAUGCCAUUGACAGAAGGGCAGUUAGUGAAACUUAGUAUUUUCUGCUUUGUGUCCCAGAGUUGUCAUAGUGACCUUAUACCCAUGCAUAUAUCCAGCCCUGAUGUAUGUGUACCUAAUUUGUUUAUUUUUAUUUAUUUUGUUUUGUUCCCAAAGGGAAUGCGCAUCAUAGCUGGACAGUCUUGCAGAUAUUGAAGUUCACUUUGAUCAACAUUUUGCUCUGCCAGGAUCCUUAAAGGACCACUAUAGUGCCAGGAAAACAUACUCUUUUUCCUGGCACUAUAGUGCCCUGAGGGUGCCCCCACCCUCAGGGUCCCCCUCCCGCCGGGCUCUGGAAAGGGGAAAGGUGUUUAAACUUACCUUUUUCCAGCGCUGGGCGGGGAGCUCUCUGCCUCCUCUCCUCCUCCUGGGCUGAAUGCGCACGCGCGGCAAGCGCUGUGCGCGCAUUCAGCCGGUCACAUAGGAAAGCAUUUACAAUGCUUUCCUAUGGACGCUGGCGUGCUCUCACUGUGAAGAUCACAGUGAGAAGCACACAAGCGCCUCUAGUGGCUGUCAAUGAGACAGCCACUAGAGGCUUUGGGGGAAGGCUUAACCCAUUAAUAAACAUAGCAGUUUCUCUGAAACUGCUGUUUAUUAAAAAAAUGGGUUAACCCUAGAAGGACCUGGCACCCAGACCACUUCAUUAAGCUGAAGUGGUCUGGGUGCCUAGAGUGGUCCUUUAAGAGGAGCUAGUGAUGGUUUGAGCUAGUUUUAAUGAAAUCCUAUAUUUUAAAGUUGAAGGGACACUAUAGUCACCACAACUACCGCUUAACGUAGUUGUUCUGGGGAGUAUAAUCAUUGCCUUCAGGCAUUUUUUUUUAUGCAAACACUGCCCUAGGGGCACCUCCAAGUGAUCCCUGGCGGUGCUUUCUGGCUCAGUGCCGCACAGUAGGCCGCAUUGCCGUUCAGUCUCACCGCUCUGCAUGGGGACGCUGAAUUUUCUGUGUAGAGAUGCCUUGAUUCAAUGCAUCUCUAUGAAGUGCAGAUUGGCCAAAACAGUGUUUGGCCCUGCCUCCUUGCCAAUUUUAGCCAAUCCAAGGCUUUCCCUAUGGGAAAGCCUUGGAUUGGCUAAAAAUCGGCAAUUCUGCCAUCAAGGAGGUGGAUCAGGGGCACGGCCAGCACCGGCGGACCUGUGCGGCGCUGGGGGCUAAGGGGGGGCGCAAGCCACCUAAAAUGGUCAGUUUAACGCUAUAGGGUCAGUAAUACAUGUUUGUGUUCCUUUAAUCUGUGAUCUGGUUAAUAUGUACGGUCCUCCAUAGACCUCUCAUCUGUACUCUUGCACAUGUAGGAGAGUACAGAAGUGAUGUCUGCUCCUGGAGCUACAGCCAGACCGUCUAAAAGAAGAUGGCAGCGCUUGUAAGGAACCAUUUGUGUAAGGAGAACUCUCUGCCUGACCUCCCCACAGCCACCACACCCACAGUGUCAAUAUCAGGUGUCUUUGCAAGUUAUGCAAAGCCCCCAGACAGUGCUACUUUAAAGAACCUACAAGUUUAAGGUUCUGGUGCUAUAGAACAUUUCUACAUAAAACCUAUGGGAUAGGCAUAAGGCUAUCCUAUUCUUAAGAUUAGGCCAGGGACAAAUGAAAGUAUUUCGGAAACAGGGCAGACUAGAUGGGCCAAACUUUUCUUAUCUGCUGUCACAUUCUAUGUUUCUAAAGGCUAGCUUCCCCACUGUGCACUUCAAGGCAGUCUUUCACUUGCAGCAACUAUGCUGUGUGCACAUGUGCAACAUUAUUUCUUGGGUUCAACUUUUUUGUUCCUGUAAGACUAUUUAAUGUGACGCUAAUGGGUGAAUUGUUUCAAGUAUAGAGAACAUUCCAUAGAAUUAAGAAGUUAAAAAGUUAGGAGCCAAUAACGCCCCUUAAUGUGGGCUUAAAUUCUUGGCUCCUUUCAUACAAAAAAAUACCACUACUCAAAUACACAUUAAGGAAAUUUAUUUGUGCGCAAGUGUAUUGCUUUAGUGGCUUGUUAAUGUUUAUAUAGUGGCUUGUAGAUGAAUGUGUUUAUAUACAAGCGGGCUCAACAAAUCCCAGGGCACCAUGGCGACUACAAGUUUUGCCCUGGUGUCUUGGAUUUGUCUUUUUUCCCUAAAGUGGCCGGCUAGGCAAACAAUGAAGCUGGCCCGCUGCCUGCCUGAACAUUGGGGCGGCCGGCUCAGGGAGCAUUGUAGUUUCCUAAGCCGACCGCCUCCAUGUAGCCCAGGGCGGCCGGCUUUAAAAACGUUAUAGCCGCCCGCGAGAACAGAGGCGGUCGCCCUGGUUUCUUGGAGGCGGCAGGUUUAGGCAGUGCGCGAGGAAGCAGUGAUCUUCCUGCUGUCUACAUGCCACACUCUGAUAACAUGAUUUUGUUAAAUAUAUUGUGUUAAAAAUACAAACCUGUAUUCCUUAACACAAACAAUUAUUCCUUAGUUAUUGUGCCCUAUUUGCAGGUUUUGUUUUAGGUUUGUUUCCCACAACUUCAUCUGGCUCUCGAGCUGAUGGAUCCAGCACUCCUUGUAGAGGAGCGUUGGAAACUAAUGUACAGCAAGCUCCUUGCAUUUAACCAGGUUCUUCAUAUAUUGAAUCUAGUGCUUUUCUAUGAACUUCCUUCUUAUGUUGCCACGUUUUUCAUGGUCAGUGCAGUGGACGCAUCUAGUCCAAAUAGUCACUAGAGGUAAAUUUAACCCUCCAAAUGUAAACCUUGCAGUUUUUUAAACUAAAAACCUUGACUAAUCUAGAUUGCAGUGUUAAAAUGUAAGGACCACUUCAUUGAGAUGCAUUAGAUUUGUGCCUUUAGUAGUCCUUUAAGGUAGUGUGUUGGCAGGUUUGGGUAUAUUUGAUGCUAUGUGGCUGUAUUGUAGGCCUCUUUUUAAAAGGCCCUGCAAUGGAGACAGAAUUCUGUAUGCCGUAAUUUUAUGUAUAUUUAUUGCACUGGUCUCUGCAAAAAACCUAUUUAAGGUUAACAGACUUCUCAAACUUUUAAUGUAUUCUAAAAGAAUGGGCAGCUUUAUCAGCCUGAAUGGAAAUGAGUCAGCUUCACAGUGCACCAGUUGUUAUCCAAACAUUCUUAGAUGAGGAAAUGACACAUGGCACACAUUAUCAAUUUGAGUCAGAGAAACAGUGAGUGUUCAGGUGAACUGAAGAGGGUGUGGCGUUUGAGUCAGAUUUCCCUCCCCAGGGACACAGAUUCCAUCCGACUUAUUGCGUAACAAAUUGCUGUCUGUUACCUAUGUAUUUUAAAAUGGGUUGGACUCUUGACUUGUAGAUUACAACAAGCAGACAUUGAAUAGCUAUUUCCACAGGCAAGCCUGCUUAAACCUGCCUAUAUAGAAGAAUCCCCAGGGGUAUUCAUAUAGCAACAUUCUUCAGUUUUGCUUCUUUUAAGACAUCCUUAAAAUAAAUCUGUUUUUUUUUUUUUUUCAAGCUAAGUAAACUCUGCUCUCAAAGACCCGCUAGGUGUACAUUUCCUGGUUAAAUAUUUUGAUACAUCAUAAUAUAUAUUAUUCAGUAGUUUGAUAUAUUUGGUACCCUACAGAUAAGCUCUGUUCUGAGGUUAUCAAUACGUUGAGGGUCACCGCUCAUGCACUGCCAUCUCUCUACUACUACAAAUUAAUGGCAUUAUUUGCCAUGAUAGCCAGUGAGUGGUUUUCAGCAGCUAGAGUUGUCAACUCUGACUGUGGAAUAGCCAGAUAUAUGGUGUCUUCUGCAGAUUUUUUUUUUUUAAUAGUAGGUAAUCUGUUUUGUGGUUUAUCAGUUUUUAGGAUGUAAAAUGGUCUAUAAUUUACUUGCACAAUUUAUGUCUGAGCCUAAAUCAGAAGGAAAUUGUGUGCAAGAUUGAAAAUGAUUAAUGACUUGGAUGAUAGAAAUGGUAAUUUAAAGGGACUAUACUCACCAGAACAAACUGUAGUUGUUCUGGUGACUAUAAUCCGUAAACCAGGUUUUUCUAUCAGCCUAGUGAUAACUCCACUGACCACUUAGUUGGCUGCUAGAGGCGCUUCCUAGGGCAUGCAUGGAGACACUGAAUAUGGAGACACUGAACUUUCCUUAUAGAGAUGCAUUGAUUCAAUUCACUUCUAUGAUGCCAUACAGAUUGGCCAUGGCUGUUUGGCUUGUGCUGGAUCUGCCUUCUUUACAGUCUCAACCAAUCAAAUGCUUUUGUAUGGAAAAGCUUUGUGAUUGGCUGAAAUCACCACUUCUGAUGUCUGCCAAGCAGGCAGAUCAGGGGCAGAGCCAGACGCUGCAGCAGACUGGUAUAAAAGUAAGAUUUUACUAUACUGUGGGAGUAGGAUGGUGUGUUUUUUUUUUAAAUUAUAUUGUACAUAGUGAUAGACAUACAAGCUUGUGGUGCCCCGAAAUCGAGAGUCCAGCUGUGAAAGGCGUCGGAGUGUCCAUUUCCUCUGCACCGGCCAUGCUUAUAGACCGCAUACGGUGCUUGGGUGAGUCUUGCUUCAAAUGUGGCAUAUUUGGUACCCGUUUAAGCACCAGAGUGUCACCAGUAGCUUGGUAGCCCUUAUGUCUUGCACAUGCUGUAGUUUGUUUUUUCGCUGUAUUUGCCGGUAAAAGCAGGAGCUGUGUCAACAGGAGUCCGCCCAGCUCCAUUAGAUAGUGGUUUUUAACAAUAUAGGAUCAGGAAUAUGUUUUUGUUCUUGACCCCAUAGUAUUUCUUUAAUAUUACAAAGCUUUGAGUACCAGAAGGAAAUUAGUCACCUGUCCCUGGUGCUGUUAAGGCACAAAUGCCACUUCUGAGUAUUUCUCAUAAACAUAGAAUCUUUACAAAAGAAAUUACACUGCAAUGUAUUUUUUUUUUCCUCAUUGUUUUUGUUCAGGCUGUCUCAAGAUUACAGCAAGAUGGGUUAUAUAAACAAAAAUGCCACAUCAACAUAAACUUGGAGGAGAGAGUUUAAAGAGGGAAAAAAUGAGAAAGUGCCUGGCGAGAUUUGAGAUGUGGCGGUAUAGUUUUAUUCAAACUUGUGUGCUAUCAAGAUUGCAUAAGACAAAGUGGGGGGGGGGGUACUUUAUCUUCAUUUAACACAUUUUGCUAAAAUGUGUAGCUUGUCAUUUUUCCAGCUGAUUCUUAUAGUGAACCUUCUAUGAACCUUUAUUUCCUCCCACCUAUGUUUUCUCCUCUUUUUCACCAACUUUCUAUGUGUAUUUUAAUGCCAUCAUUAGCACACCUUUGUGAGUGGCAACCUUUUCUGUCACUGUCCCUCCUUGGAAACACUCUGGUCUCUUCCCAAUACGCAAUUGACGUAUUGUACUAGCAACAGGGGUCUACUGCCCAGUCCGAGGGGAAAAGGUAGCAUCAGAAGCAUUUGUGGUGUUGGGGGGAGAAAAGGGCAGCAUAUGUAACUGUGUAGACCACUUUCUUCUUUACGGAAUUUAGACUGACCACUCCAAAAGUUAGUAACAUGACAUCAGCAGUAGGCUGACAAGCAUUGAUGUUCAUCUGCAAGAGCACACACCCAGAGGCUGUUCUCUUGUUGUACAUCAGCAUGGAGUCUGUGCCACCUACCAUCACCAUUCAGUUUUCAUAUGUUUCGCACAAAAUCUAUAACAUGGCUAGAAAUUUCUGUAGCACGAUAGAUCAAAUAGGCAUUAAAUUAUGUAAAGUACAAAAUGCCAUGACGGGUAUCCUUUAAUGGAAACCAUUAUCCUGCACAUUUUUCAAAUACCUAUUUAAUCUCAUUGCUAGUGUGCAAGAUCAUGUAUGGGGUUAAUACAGGAUCUUCCUAUACUCCCGUAUUCUGCAUCAGUGAGCAUUCAAAGAUGUGACUAUAUGAAUAUUUACAUAGGCUGAAGAGACAAAUGUGUCCAUCUACCUUUCUCACAUCUGUUUUGCAAUUGAGCCAAAAGAAGGUAAAAACACCCGUUUGAAGCACUUUUUUUAUUUUGUUUUUUUACUAUGCAGUGGCAUUGCAACAUUUUUCUUAUAUCUUCAUAAAUGCAUUGCGUUGGAAAUUUAGUGAAAGCUGUGGGGCCAUUUCCAGGUUUUGUGCAAUAAUUUGUUUGGUCAUUGAACAGUCUUUGGUCAAUUCUUUGCCAUUUAGAUCUUAAAGGAGCACUCCACACACUUAAAGGACCACUAUAGGCACCCAGACCACUUCAGCUUAAUGAAGUGGUCUGGGUGCCAGGUCCAUCUAGGAUUAACCCUUUCUGCUGUAAACAUAGUUUCAGAGAAACUGCUAUGUUUACUUUAGGGUUAAUCCAGCCUCUAGUGGCUCUCAUUGAGCUGCUAGAGGUACUUCUCACUGUGAUUUUCAGUGAUAAGAUGCCAGCGUCCAUAGGAAAGCAUUGAGAAUGCUUUCCUAUGGACUGGCUGAAUGCACGCGGCUCUUGCCGCGCAUGUGCAUUCAGCCGAUGACGGGGAAAGGAGGCGGAGAGACCCCACCGUCGAGGGAGCUGGCGCUGGAGAAAAGGUAUGGGUUUAACCCCUUCCUCACCCUAGAGCUCGGCAGGAGGGGGACCCGAAGGGUGGGAGGGACAUAGACCCUAUAGUGCCAGGGAAACUCGUGUAACAAGUUUCAAUAGAAAUUGUCACUUUAAUAAAUGAAACUUGUUACAACCACCUAGCUGUCACGACAACCCAUCCUAUUACUCCUUGGUUGUUCAGCUCAGUGUGAGCGAAUAGCAAGAGACAGGCAAUUUAACUCCAGAUGCGGCUAAGGUGCUGUUCCAUGCUGUUCUCUCUCGCCUUGACUACUGCAAUCCCCUUCUCAGUGGUCUUGCGUGUUCCCAGAUUGCACCACUGCAAUCUAUAAUGAAUGCGGCAGCGAGGUUCAGUCUCCAAUCAUUCAAAAAAAAAAAUCAUUGAAAACUCACUUCAAUAAAGCAUACCAAUUCAACUGUUAGCAGUCAAAAUUACCUACUAAGCCCUCAGUGAAUACUUUCCUAACAACCUACUUCUACCCUUUGUGUCACUAUACCCUACUCCCUCUACAAUGUAAGCUCAUUGAGCAGGGCCCUCCACCACUGUUCCUGUACGUCCGGUUGUCUGGUUAAAUCUACAUGUCAGUCCACCCAUUGUACAGCGCUACAGAAUCCGAUGGCGCUAUAUAAAAAAAGCCAAUUGCAUUGCACACCUUGCAGCAGUGGGAAGUUUAUUGGACAGCCAAAGAAAGUCCGGGCUUUCUUGAAAACACUGAGAUCUGUAGCUUUUGCAAGCUGUUCUAGAUCUACCCCAAAUUAAUAAAAUACAGGUCAUUACUAGGGGUAUAUUUACCAAAUGUCUUUUAUUUAUUUUUUGUAGUGGCUCUCUAACCCCUUAAGGACCAAACUUCUGGAAUAAAAGGGAAUCAUGACAUGUCACACGUCAUGUCCUUAAGGGGUUAAAUCACACACACAUCCUUGCACACUUCUUGAAGGGUGUAUAGCUUAUAUAUUUUUUUUUUAACUUCUAUUAUUGCACAGUUAUACUUUAUCCCCUGAUCUGUUAAAGGACCACUCUAGGCACCAAGACCACUUCAGCUUAAUGAAGUGGUCUGGGUGCCAGGUCCCUCUAGGAUUAACCCUUUUUUUAUAAACAUAGCAGUUUCAGAGAAACUGCUAUAUUUAUAAUAGGGUUAAUCCAGCCUCCAAAUCCUCUAGUGGCUGUCUCAUUGACAGCCGCUAGAGGCUCUUGCGUGAUUCUCACUGUGAAAAUCAGUGAGAACACGCAAGCGUCCAUAGGAAAGCAUUAUUUUCCUAUGAGACCGGCUGUAUGCGCGCGCAGCUCUUGCCGCGUGUGCGCAUUCAGCCAAAGGAGAGGAGGAGAGCUCCCCACCUGGCGCUGGAAAAAAGGUAAGUUUUAAGCCUUUCCUCUCCCCAGUGCCCAGCGGGAGGGGGACCCUGGGGGUGGGGGCACUAUAGUGCCAGGAAAACUAGUUUUCCUGGCAUUAUAGUGGGCCUUUAAUUGCUUGGUAUUGCCUGCAGUAGCCUCCAGUAUUAGAUUAAAGCAUCACCCAAUAUCAUCUUGAAGUGGUUUAUGGGUGAGCAGUGUCCAAUUUCAAAGUGAAAAACUGUUCCUUUUAGAACUAAAAGGACACUAAUAUGACCCUGUCCCUUUAAUCAUGCAAUGUAAAGCAUUGCGGGGUUAAGACUGCCUCCAGAGGCGCUUCCUGCAUUUUAACUCUGUGCAUGAGGACUUUUUUUUUGGUACAUUACAUGCACCGAAACCUUGGCUUAAUGGAAUGGUUUUGUUGCAAAGAUCCUGCCCCUGUAGUCUCACUGCUCCAUUAUUAGUUUGUUUAUGAAGUCCUAGCUACACCUUCCCUGCAUGUAACCUACAGUCUCCUUACACAUUUACUGUAAAGAGAUCUGUUUCAAUUUCUAUUAUUGUGCAGUCUGUCUUUAGAAUUUGUCAUCUUCUGCCGUUGGCAGCUUGCAGGAGCCGCCUGUGUGAUAAAGUUCUAUUAACAGAGAAAGAGCGCUAUCAUAUGUUAUUGAAAAUAAAACCCUUUUUGUUACGUUGGCUGUGUCACAGUCAGGGUAAGUGUGAUUAGGGCUGCAUGGACAGAAACUAGUGAUUUAGCUCCUAAAUGGCAGAGAAGUGAGCAGUGAAACUAGUUGUGACCUAUACAUUAAAAUGACUUAAGCCAAAAAUGUUUUGGUGUCCCUUUUUUAAGAUGACAAAUGAGCAGCAAACAAGAAUAGGUGUAUGAAAGACUUUUCUCAGUACAUGGAUGCAAGAUUAGGUAUUAUAACAGAAUUUUAUUGAAGUUAUUGUGCCUACUGUGCUGGAGAAAUGGUGAGUAAUAUUCUUUUAUAUUUUGUAUGGGACAGGGGAACUAAUUUAACUUAGCUGCGAGACAGAUGUAAAUAUGACAAAUGUUAUUGUGCUCUAUAUGUGGAAAAGCUUUGUUUGACCUCAACUGUAUCCUAUCUUGGGAAUGAAAAUCAUGCUAUGUUGGUCAUGGCAGCAUUGCACCACAGCACACUUACGUUCUUGUCUUUAAUACGUUAACUUUUUUUUUUUUCUCACUUGCAGGUAGGUGACCUGGUGAAAGUAACACGGAUGAAUAUCAAUGGCCAGUGGGAAGGAGAGGUGAAUGGUCGCAAAGGGCUUUUCCCAUUCACUCACGUCAAAAUUAUUGACCCUCAGAAUCCAGACGAAAGCGAGUGACCUGAUUCUUCUUCUCUCAGAAUCCUGCUGCUUCUUUCUUUCCCUCAGCCUUCUUCCAGACUCUCUAAACAUUUCUUGGCAUAACCCACAACUGAAUCUUUCAGACGUCUUGUUAUUUGACACUUCUGAAAAUAACACGCUGCAAAGUUCACCUACUGAAGCAUGUAACAUAGCUGUGUUUGUUCAUAAUGCAGAGCUGCUUUUUACCAUAUGCUCAAUGCCCUGAACAAGCUUAUGAAGUCUGGACACACUGCCAACAUGGAUGAGUUGCUUAGCUGUUAAUUCUGCUCCUCUGUUAAUUUUUGAGAACAAUGGGCAUUUGCAUUCUGAUUUCUGAUCUUUCUUGAACAGUCUAAUCCUUCCCAUGGAAAUAAUCAUGUCUGAGGAUGGCACGCUCUCACACCGGAUUAAGUGAACAAAUCUAAACUGCUGUCCUGGGAGAAUCCUCUGUACCAAAUUGAGGAUAUUUUCUAUUGCGCAAGCUUGGGGUGUCACUGAACUGUGAAAAACAUCCCUUUUUGAGACCUCCAGUACAUCGAACAAUUUAAAACUGAGGCCUUUAAACCAUUUGUUCUGCUAGACAUUCAGAAGAUGCCUAUUAACUUUCAAAUGCACGGAGUACUGUGACUGUAGCUGAGAACUUUACCAUUCUCCCUUUCCAAACCUAUUUUAUUACCUUUGUAUCAUGCAACAUUGUGAUUCACCCUCUGUGCCAUUAAUAAAAUAAAUUAGCAGGUAGACCACUUUUGAACUUUAGUGAAUGUGACUUUUUAACCAGCCUCUGUAGUUCUAUUAACACCUUCCACCCCUUCACCUCCCAACUCUCACUCUGCUCCUGCCUGCCUCACCGGAGAAUAUUGAGAUAAGUUCUACCAAUCUGGGAUAAUUUAUAAUUGGCUUAUGUACUAAAUUCUUUCAUAGACUUCAAGGCCAGCUGUUUUCUAAUUAUCCCACUACUAAUGCAAACAUUCCAAUUAUGAAUAUGGUAAUCAUUGGUAACCAACAAAAAUCUUAUGUUUGCAUUUAUUUGCUAAAUACUGUAUUGUAAACAAGUUUGUCCCAAAAAUAGCCACGCUGUGAUUAUAACAGAGCUGGAGAAUUUUCUAACUUGGCUAUUUCUAUUUCAUGGUAUAUGUUUCAGGUCAAUAGUGUUUUGGGUCCCCCCUCAUAAAACCCUUUUGUGUUUUGUGUUAAAAAGAGCACAAAGGAAGGAGCAGGUCUAAUAGUGCUGAUUCUCCUUAUUACAGUUUGCUCAUUUCUCAUAACUUUUUUUUAAUUGUCUUGUUCAAACCCAUUGCAGUCAGCACAGAGUUUAAAUGCAAGUUGGUUAGCCUGUCUGUCACAUUGCAAAACUAAGUUUUUGUGUAGCUUUCGUCUGUUACCUUGAAUGUUAAAUGGGGCCAUAAAAUGUUCUGAAUUGAUUCUGUUGCCUCAAUGUAGUUACAUUACAGAAUUGCCCAAAUUCUUGCUGCUUCUUCCCACGUCUAUAUCUACUAUCCAGAUCAGAGAAAACUGUUUUGGCUAUACCCUGUCUGAAUAUCAUUAUACAUUUCAGUUGUUUACGAAUCAGGCAGAUGUUGAAAGGGAAUCUGUCAUUGGGACGCCUCACAAAGGUGUGAAAUGUCUCAUUUUAUUUUUGUAAAGGGAGUAAAAAUGCAUUUGUGCCAUUUUGUUUGCUUGUAAAUUGUAAUUUUAUAUUGUAUUUACCUUUCUGGGGACAGUGUGUUCCCUCCCCCACCUUUAAUUCCUCUCCUAAGCACCAUUGGUGCAUUUUGCAGUUUAACUAUACAUUUCCACAUCAUUGAUGCGAAGUCCACGGGCCACAAUUUGUCACACCUAUUUGUUUUUGGUAACUUUCAGAGUGGCAUCCCACAGUGUGCCCUACAUAAGGGAUAUUGUUUCAGUAGGUGGUUAAAUGGAAUACACAACGGUUUUAGGUGAAAGCUUUUAAAAAAAAUUUUAAUUUUUUUUUUUUUUAUGGGAAGAAAUAGGUUUUGAAUUUAAUUUUGUUCUGUAAAAUUAACAGUAUUAAAUGACUUAUAUUCUUA